AUGAAGAAACGUCAAGUGGUGCUGAAAUCUGGAAGAAGCUCUACAACAUCAUCAUCCAUGGUGAGAAGUGUGAGAUAUGGAGAGUGCCAAAAGAAUCACGCUGCGAAUAUCGGAGGAUAUGCUGUUGAUGGUUGCAGAGAAUUCAUGGCGAGCGGCGAAGAAGGAAGCAACGGAGCGUUGACUUGCGCAGCUUGUGGGUGUCAUCGGAAUUUUCACCGGAGAGAAGUGGAAACUGAAGUGGUUUGUGAGUAUUCUCCUCCUAAUUCUAGUGGCAGAUAA